AUGAGCGACUUCCUCUCCGAUGACAAAUCCGAGUUGUUUGAGGAGGAGCUUGGAGCCUCCUCUGCCCCACCGGUGCCAGAGCCAAAGGCGGCGGCCAAGCGGGCUGCGAAGCAAGAGAGUAGUCCCGAUGGGACGCCUGCGAGGAAACGUCGAGCAAAAGCCAAAGCCAAAGCCGGCGCCGACGCCAGCGCCGACAAGGGCAUUCGCGAGUCCUACCACGGAAAAAAUCCGUGCUGUAACAACUGCAAAGCGGAUGUGGAUGCGAUGCUGAAAGAUGCAAAAGUCAAUCAGUGGGUUGACAAGUUUGAGGAGUGCAAAAAAAAACCUGCUGUCUUCAGAAAGCUUCUGAGAGAUUUCCAAGCCGAAUGCCCGAGUCAAGGCCCGGGCAAAAAACGUCCGGUGUACGGCCGGGCGAGGGCCGUCGAGACCAUAGCACGCGAGAUGCUGUCGGACGAAGGCACCAGGUUCAUCAAGGCUGAUUAUUUCCAGUUCGAGCGGCAUUACAAGGCGAUGCAGCUCGACGGUGAUGAGAUCAACGAGAAGUGGAAAGCCAGGCUUGCCGAUGGCAUAUGCGACAGAGCUGGAGAAAACGCAGCCUUUCCGGAACGAGUCUUGCUCAAGGUGGAAGACUCCUUUCCGGAACGAGUCUUGCUCAAGGUGGAAGACUAUGUCGAUACCAAGAACCGUAAGAGACGCAGCUUGGAGAUUCAACGCGAAGGUGCUGCAGACAAAGGACUCUUGGACGAUGUCAAGGCUGAAGAGACCUUGAGCUCCGGCUUCGACGGCGAUUGGGGCUCGCAGUUUUUUGGCCCUGGCGGUGCUGAGAUGAAAAGGAACGAGGCAGCGGCCGCUGCUGCUGACAAAGCUUGUGACCGGAGCAAGCAACGUCGGGCCUCGUUUGGCUCGAGCAGUCUGCAGAGUGAGGAGUCAGGCAACGGCGGCUCGGCCGAUGCCGUCACUGACUUAAUUGUCUCUCGUCUUCGUGCCUACGAGGAUGCGAGGGACUCCUUUCAGAAGAUGAAGACAAGCUUCCUAGAGAGCCACAAGAAGGUGUCAGAAGAGGUGGAAAAGAUACAAGAUGACCGUGGCCUCAUCCCUGAGUACCGAGCAAUUGCCACGCAGCGAUUGAGGAUUGCUGAUGCUAUGCUUUCGACCGAGAACCCCCCUGAGACCACAGACGCAAAGAUCCAGGAGUUGCUGUCGGAACUUCCAAUGUCCCCGGUGCCGAAUAAUGCGCUGCUUGUCUGCGAGCAGAGCCUUGCUGCUGCCAUCCAGGGCUUGAAGUCUUGCAAAGCGGUCGAGAGUCUGGGCAAAGACAUCGAGAACUGCAAGGGCAGCAUCCAGGCUUGGUCUGUGCUGGGCCAGUCACUGCAAAGUGCAAUGACCGAAACCACGAAAGCGAUCAGGGAAUGCACGAAAAGGGAGAAGAAGAAGGAGAAGGACGAGCAGAAUAAACGCAAAAAGGACGAAGCCAAAGCAAAAAAAGAAGCGGAGGCGGCGCAAAAGAAGCAAGGGCAAGGGCCUGCCGGUCCUGCCGGUGUGGGCGCAGCGUAUGACACCUUCUUCGAGAAAAUCAGCGACAAGCCGACGGAGCUCACGGUCUUGACGGCCAAGGGUUUCCUCUCUAAGCAUGAUGAUUGCGAGGAGGCCCAUGUCAUCCGAGCGGCGAGAGCGCCUGGAAUCUAUGCAAAGAAUGCUGCUUUCGACAGCAGGCUGGACAUGUUCAAAGAACAGUUCUCGACCAGCCAGGCCUGCAUCUCCACGGGCCGUACCUUCAUGAAGAUUGGAGAAAGUGGCCGUCUCUUGGUGGACGAGUAUGCCAGUUGGGCUUUGAAUGCACCAACCCCGUCAAGCCGGAUACAGCGCUCUUCGUGCCAGGCCUCGUGGGCAUUUUGA